AUGUACAUACUCAAUUCGCCCCAUGGAAGUGGAAAAUCCUUCUCCAUUUCACACAUUGCUUGUACUAAUACGGCAUUUUUGUUGAAUAUUGAGCUGGGUCUGGCAAGUGAUGCCAUUCUAACCUUAUUAGCGAGUUUCUUAGAGGUAGAGUCGACACAUGGUAAGAAACAGAGUCGGCACAAUUCAACUGAACUCUUGUUCAUGAUUUAUAAUUCUCAACUCAUCCUAAUGCAAACCCUUUUGAAAAACAAUCCAAAUAAUUUUACUCCUUUUAAUUGGUGGAUUUAUGUAAAUAGUGCAAUUGGAAGAGAACAUUUCAAUAGUGUCUUCAAACAAUUACUGGAAUACGAGACAGCCAAUGUGCAUUUUGAAUCUUACAAAUUAUUCAAAUAUUUACAAAGGACUAUUCGUGAAAAAAUUGGUCAAAAACCUUUGAUUUUCGGCAUUGAUGAUAUGGGAGUGAUUGGAACUCUAAAUGAUGGUAAAACCAAGAGUAAGCUGGAUCCUUCCACUUUGAUUGGAAAGGUUUUCAAUAGUCUUCUCUCCUAUCCUCACAAUAGUGCUAUUAUAUCUGGUAGUAAUAUUUCACAAAGCUCAAUUAGACACCUGACUGGAGAAUUGAAGAGAGAUUAUCAAAUUAUCUCAGGAUAUGGAGUGGUUGGUUCCAGUGAGGUUUACAAUUUUAUUGAUAAGCUGUUGAAUGUGAAAAAGGUUUUACCUGAUUCGUAUGUGCAAAUUUUAGCCAGUUUGGCAAAGGGAAGAAGAGGAAUAUUAUUUGAAUGGUUGGAAAGUAUUAUAGCUUGUCCUCCAUUUGAUUCAUCACAAACUUCACUUGAAGAGUGGUCAACUAGAAUGCUUACAUCAUCUCUGGAGAAUGUUAUACAGUCACAUUAUUCAAUGUAUAAGAAAUGUCUCAACGAUAUGAAUACGAAAGAUAUGGAUGUGGCAUCUUUGAAAAAUGAUGUGAUGCAAAAUCUUUCACUAAGGGGAUUUAUCAACGUAGACGAGUUGAAUCAUCAAUUGGGACUGGUAACAAGAGGAGUGAAUCACCUGUCUCUUCUCAAUUUUAUUACUAAUAAUGAGCUGGCUUUUACAGUGCCUUCAUUAUCAGAUUCUUCACAGUAUUACAAGAUACCUGAGCCGCUACUAAUGUACUCAGUUAACAAGGCACUAAAUUUGGAGGAUCUCAUUCGAGUUUCCAAUAGUUGGCUUAAGAAAGUCUUGAAAAGAUCUGAUACAAAUGAAAGAGGAUUUGCUAUUGAAAUAGUUUGUGGAUUGGUAAUGGCUAAGAUUUCAAGAGAAUUGAAUGGAAAACCACUCACAGAUCAUGUGCUUUUCAAAUCAUCAAAUAGUGAAGAAUCAUUUCUUUGCAAUUUUACACUCAACCCUAAUUUAAUGCUUAUUCAAAGUGAGGAUAUUUGGAAAGUAUUAAUUGGAUCUCACAAAUAUGAUUACAAAUUUACAGAUAUUGAUAUUAGCUCAUUUUAUGGAACAAGUUUGGAUAUUAAUUUGAGGUGGGAUGGAUUAUUAUUGGGACAACCAAUUAAAUCGGAUCAGAAACCACUUAUAAUAACAUGUGGAGCCAAGAUGAUUAAUAGUGCAAUUCAUCCUGAGCAAUUUCUCAUGAAUUUACAAAGCACUAGUAUUUCGAAUGGAUUCAUGACUAAAGACCUGAAACGAAUUCAACCUAAAUGCGAAGAGGAUAGAAAGUUCUUGACCUCAAUGCUGAAUUCUAAUCCAAAUCAAGAUGUUUGCAAUUUGAGAAUAUUGUUUGAUUAUACAGCAGAUGCCACUCAUUUCGAAUAUUUGACAUCUAAGGAAAAGAUUCCUACUGAUAUCGAACCUCGCAUCAAAUCAAAGGUUGUUGUAUUGAGUAGACACAAUCCUAUAUUCUAUCAAUGGUUCAAAGAAUCUCUUCCAGAAACAUUUGAAAUAUUCGAAAGAUAUUGGUACAAAUAUUGUUACAUUAGAUAA